GAAUGGGAGCUGGUGGUGCUGGGGAAGUUGAAGUGGAACCUCGCAGCCGUCACCCCGCACGAUUUCAUUGAACACAUCCUAAGGAAGCUGCCUCUACCUAAAGACAAGUUGCUUUUGAUCCGGAAGCAUGCACAAACGUUCAUUGCCCUUUGUGCCACAGAUUUUAACUUUGCCAUGUACCCACCGUCAAUGAUAGCAACUGGAAGUGUGGGAGCAGCCAUCUGUGGCCUUCAGCUUGAUGACGGGGACAGCCUCACGGACCUCCUGGCCAAGAUCACAAACACAGAUGUGCUUGGUGGGGAGAGCCUGCUCUGCCCGCCCUGGCUGACGGUCAGGCUUGCUCUAGGGGGGAGCCGCCUCGGGUACCACCCCGGGCGAUGGGGCGAGCAGGCAGACAGCAUCCCCUGGGGCACAAGAGUAAAUACACUGUGCAAUUACUACAUCUGUGAUAACAUUGUCAAGAGCCUCGGCCGGCGCGCCGAGGAAGCCGGGCCCCCGAGGAACCGGCCCCGCAGCCCAGGCAUCGCCGCCGGAGGAGCUCACGGGCCGGCGAUAGAUAGUCUGGUCGGAGACUUGCCCCCGACCUCCGGCGGGGGAUCCGUGCUCGGCUCAUACAGCUUUGUAUAG